AUUUUCUUCUCGCUCUUUUACUCCUCCGAUUGAUUGUCCUCUCUGCUUCACUUCAAUUUCGUAAUUAUGUUCGGUGAAUUUCCUCUGUUUAUUCUCUGUUUCUCUCUCUCUCUCUGUACUGGUUGAAGGAGUAUGAAUUCAACUUAUCUGGACCUCUCUAGGGCUUGAUUUCACACGGCUUAGUUUCAAGCUCGUUUUUGAGUUCUUUUCCUCUUACCCACUAAGACUCUUCCACGAAUUUGCUUUGGUUGACUUUAAUUGCUGAGAGGUUCACUUCGAGAUUUUUCUGUUUCUUUCCCGCCUUCAUUUCAUUCUUCAAUUUUACCGAUACUGCGUCCCGGAAUCUGCGCGGGUUUACGGUUAUUCGAGCUUGGAAGAUUUUGACUAAUCGAACACGUUUUUACUGCUGGUGUGUUUUCCACUGAUGUUCUUGAAUCAACGUAGUGGUACAUAUCAUCAAAAGUGCAGGACAAAUGCCAUCAAUAAAAAUGAAGGCCAAGUUAAGCUCGAGCUGCUUAAGAGAAAAACAUGGUCUUCGUGUUUGUCAGAAAUCUAGUGUCAUCUCUAAAAAAGCUUGUUUUCUCCCGAGGGAUUCCGAAGAGACAGAUGAAUUUAAUGGCUGUAUUACACAAUAUCUGGAGGUUUCUCUAAACACAGAAUCUAUUAAUAGCAAUAUAAAUGAGGAAGCCAUUGAUCACCAAGAAUUCAUUGACGAAGAAACUUCUGAGUUGAAGAGGCACGGAGAAGCUUUUGAGUUGAAGAGGGAAGAACCUUUUUCAGUCAAUGCUGCAGAUAUGAAUGGAAUGGAUUGUACCUUAACCUACUCUUCCGAAAUAGAGACAAUUUUUUCUCCUAUUAUUGAACACGAUGCAGGGAGAAAACUUGAUCCUGAUAUACCAGGAACGGAAACUGAUGAAGGGAAAAAUAUCAGAAGCUCACAUGACAAUCAGACCUGUGAUGUAUCAGAUUUUUUUAUUUCUGACAUGAUAGUUGCAAACUUACCUUUAAGUGGAAAUGAUGACCUCUGCAACAUCAAUUAUUUUCAUGACUACAAAUAUACUCAGUCAACUAUAUUGUCUGAUGUUGCUGAUCAGUAUAUGAUGCUUCCUUUCCUUGAGGACACUGUGAAAUUCAGCAAUUCAGAUGAUGCUGACUGUUCUGAUGAAUUAACCAUUGGUUUUGGUAAUUCUGGUUUGCACCGAGUAAUUGAUCAAAGAAAUAAUUUCAGCCUUGAAUUCAAUGUUAGCACAGAUUCAGAUCAGACAGAGUGUUUUGAUCCCCAGUUGUUCGUAAAAAAUUUACCAGAACUUUCAGAAGUGAUAUCAAACUUUAAGCCCAGUAUAUUGCCCAAUGAAGAUCGGAAAAGAAAGGCCGUGACCCUUGUACUUGAUUUGGAUGAAACCCUAGUUCACUCUACUUUGGAACCGCAGGAUGAUGCAGACUUCUGCUUUACUGUUUGCUUAAACAUGAAAGAGCACAUUGUAUAUGUUAAGCAGAGGCCAUAUCUUCAAAUAUUUCUGGAUCGUGUUGCAGAGAUGUUUGAAGUUGUUAUCUUUACAGCCAGUCAAAGUAUUUAUGCAGAACAAGUCCUCAACAAACUGGACCCGGAUAAUUGUAUUAUCUCACGUCGACUUUAUCGUGAAUCAUGCAUUUUUUUAGAAGGAUGUUACACCAAGGAUUUGACAGUUUUAGGCAUCGAUCUAGCAAAAGUUGUCAUUGUAGAUAAUUAUCCACAGGUUUUCCGAUUACAAGUGAACAACGGUAUUCCCAUUAAGAGUUGGAUUGACGAUCCCUUGGAUUCUGCUUUAAUUUCAUUGCUUCCAUUUUUGGAGACCCUGGCUGAUGCUGAUGAUGUCCGCCCUAUUAUUGUCCAGAGAUUUGGAAAACGGUGUCCAGCUGAAGGAAUGCUUUUGAUAUAUAUGCUUCUAUUAGUAGAAGGGUUAUUUCUCGGUAUCUUUGGGCUGCAUAGUUUAGCAUAAUGAUAGAUGACGAUUUCUGUCUGUUAUGCUAUAAGAUGUUUUAUGGUUUCCCUGCAGGUCCUUUGGAGGGCCAGUUCUAAAUUUCUCCUACAAGGAAAAUGUUAGGUAAGCUAAUAAUUCUUUCUUUCUCAGAUUAUGUUUCUAAGAUCUAAGAGCCUAUUUGAAAUGACUUUCUAAGUGCUUAAGAAUAUAUUUUUCACGUAAAAACUCUUCUUAGAACACUUAAAAAGUCAUUCUAAAUAGGUCAAUCCAUUGUAAUAAUUGUUAUCAAGGCUCCUUAGGGAUCAGUGUAACAUCCUGUGGUGUAUGUAAGUAGAUAUUCCUGUGAGGUUCUGAUUGCUAUCUCGCCAUGAUUGGUUGCCUCACGCGCAAGCAACAUCCUUGUAUGAUGAGUAAUUAGCAGAACGGCUCGCUCUGUAAUAUUCUGUUCCUCUUAGGACUUACAAACUCUACUACUUCUUGAAUGUGACAGAUUAUGUAAUUUUAUUGCUUUUCUACUUCCUGUUCUGUACAUAAUGCUUCCUCAUGUUUUCUGCUGCUGAAGAACAGUGUUGAUGAAAGAUGUAAUUUGCCACAAACCUUCUCUGAUCACGUGAGUGAGCC